AGCGACUGCACAGAGAAUUUCUAAACCUAGCUCAAACUAUAAUUGAAAAUCAGGAAAAUAUAUAUAUAUGUAUGUAUUUCGGAAUCAGUUAUUUGGGAAGUUUUCUUUGGAACAGUAUCUAAUGUUAAUAAUUGUUUAUCAAUUAAUCCUCGCACAAAGACAAGAGCUGCGUCUCCAGAUACUCUGGCUCUGGAUGAAUCUGGAUUUAGUCCGAACAACUAUUUUACUCCUCUCUGGUUGAUUCUUGGAAUCCUAGGAUUGAUUUUACUUCUCCUUCUCUGCUUUCUUCUCUGUAGAUGCAUGACAGGGUGUGGAUAUGUCGGGAGAAGGAAGGAGAAUCCUAAGCUAGAAACGACCGUGGAGGAGGUUGAAUUAGAAGAACUAAACAAUGAAAAUGUUAAAAAGGUUAGUGAGAAGAAUGAGACAGAACGUUCCAGUAUCUGUGAGAUGAUUAAUAGGUUCUCAGAGGAGGUUCAUAUUGCAGCCUCUGCUCCUACCCCACCCGACAAUACAAUCCUCCGACCCUCGGGGCCUCAUAGAGCAACCUCGUUUAUAGUAACGAUCAACAGGUCUGGCAGAGAGAGGGACGGAGAAAUAUCGCGGAAAGGAUUGAACAGAGAAACUAUCUGUGCUACUGGAGCCAAGGUUCCGCCUGGAGUCACCACACGGGAUAGAAAUACAGUCCAGAAAUCCACGUUUACCUCAAACUUUGAGAAAACAGAGGAAUGGAGGAAAAAUGAGUUCGCUAACAAAACAGAGUCAGGACAUUCCAGAACUGAUUCAAUCCCGUUUCUGUCAAAUCAAAGACUGGACCGGGCAGGACAUAAAACCUCUAAAACGGUGCGGAACCAAACCACUAAACUAGAUACAGAAUCCUCAAAACAAGAUAGCGAGUCCUCUAAAACUGAGGACAAGUCCUCUAAACGGAAAACUGAAUAUUUUGAAUCAAAAAAUGGGAGUACCAGUACAUUAUCAUCUGGUAAAAAUAUAAAGUCCUCCAAACCAAGAAAAGAAUACGUGGGAACGCAAAAGCUCUCUUCUACCACAGAUACUACCGACUUUGGGAAGAAAUCAGGAAGUUAUAAUGUACGCCUGAACACGGAGAAGAUGCGUUCCAGACCUGAUCCUGGAAAUAUAUCUUUGAACACAUCGGUAGGUCAUGAGGAGACCAGGAGAACAGGGUUCAACGGCGAACUUGUAGAAAACGAGGAAAACCCUACAUGGAGAAAGGCAGUAGAUAAAUUUGAAAAGUUAGGAUCUACUUCGGAAUACGAGAUAGGAAAGAGUUUAACAAUGGGAAGAAAAGGAAAAAAAGUAGAUGUUUCAUCAAGGACGGAUAAGUACAAUUCAAGCUCCGAGAUCAGAUCGCUUCCAAGGACGGAGAAGAGCUGGAAUGAUAACUUGGCUGCUACAUAUUUAAGUUGUAAAGAUGUAAGUUGUCCACAGACUUAUGAAGAGCUCCCACCCUCUCAUAUCCUUGUUGACAAGGAGAGAAAACAUCGUGGUUCAGAUUUAACAAGAUCGAAUCUGGAAACUCAAGAGAAACAAAAAGAACAGAAAAGAUCUAGGAUUGAAGAACGUUUAAGUGUUUAUGAGAACCAAAACCCAGACACUUCAGACGGAGAAGGAACCCUUCAAGGUUCAGAUAAGGGAGAUAGAGGCAGUCUUAGUUCAAGGACGGAAGAAGCUCCUAGUUCCAAAACGACAAGGAGACAGGUUAACUUCUAUGAGGUCCAAGAGGAUCCUGGAGAAGUUGAGAUUACUUUUGAUCCUGAAGGACGGGUUCACAGAAAAUUUCUCCGGUCUGAAGAAAGAAACGCUACUUUGUAUCAAUGAAGUCAUGUGCACUUAUUUAGUUAAAUUGUAAAUAAUUUUUUCAAAUGUUCUCUUAGAAAAAUUAAUUCUGAUACGGUUCAAAUAUACUGUAAGAACAAGGACAAAUGUUAGUGUAUUGAAAUCGUGUAAAAUAAAAUUUUUAAUAUUAUUA